GGAAAAGCAUACGCGAACAAAUGUAUAAUGGGGACGGCAACUGGCAUUGGCAACCUCUUGGUUUUAGCGAUAUUGAUUGCCACCGCAAUGGCGGAUUCUGCGGCGGUUCACAUAGUGUACACGGAGCAGCCCCACGGUGAGGAACCUGAGGCCUUCCACAUCCGAACCCUCUCCGCCGUCCUCGGCAGUGAGGAGGCUGCAAAGGACGCUUUGUUGUAUAGUUACAAGUCAGCUGCUAGUGGCUUUUCUGCUAAGCUUACUCCUUCUCAAGUUGCUCAACUUUCAAAGCAACCGGGUGUUCUUCAAAUUGUUCCUAGCAGGAGACUUCAGCUCCAUGGUGGACCCAACAUGGAUGAAUAAAUAAAUAAGGGAUGUAAACAAUCAUACCUCACAAUCUAGUAUAAACUAUUAUGACUCAGCUAUGUUAUGGAAUUAAGAUUUUAGAAUAUGAAUGUAUGUAUAAUAAAUAUAUAAUUGCAAUUACUCUGAUGAAUGCCUAUGAUUGUGUGACAUGUUUCAAUA